UGCUCCGGCAGCUACACAGGUCGGACGUGGUGCGCACUUCUCUCUCUCAUAUUACCUGUGUGACCGUAAUUACUCGCGUGUGUGUUACCUGUGCUGAGGAAUAAUGUGGAUAACUAGUAAAGUGUUGGUGUGGCUGGCCCUCGUGUCAACAAUGUGCUUGAACGACGCCGACGUCAGUGCAGACCAAGACGUUCAACGCGGUACAGACGCCGUCGUAGAUUACACCCAACGCAGCAUCAACGCUGACGUGAACGACGACCAACAUAACGUUGAGGCUGACGUGGGCGACGACCAACAUAACGUUGAGGCUGACGUGGGCGACGACCAACAUAAUGUUGAUGCUGACGUGGGCGACGACCAACAUAACACCGAUGCUGACGUGGGCGACGACCAACAUAACACCGAUGCUGACGUGGGCGGCGACCAACUCGGCAUCAACGCCGGAAAGUCAUCAGACCAACAAUCCAUCACCUCAAGAACCUCCAACUUGGACGUGAGCGCCUUCUUCCACACACCCGUCGCCUCCAACCUGGUCACCCUCAUCACCAGCGCCAUGAGGAGACGCGGGGAGAAGCAGCAGCUGGAAGAAGAGGAACAACAACAACAACAAGAGGAGGAGGAGGAGGAGGAGGAUGACUGGUACGACGACGAAGUGGAGGAGAAAGGCUGGUUUAGCGACGAAGGGGAUACGAACGUGACCACGACGACAGAGGAGAACACAUCGAAGAACAUCACGUCACUCCUCAGCCAAUUUAUCCCCGCCUCGGCUGCUCAGUUCGGGUCACUGGGGACUGGCAGUAAGUUAGUCGACUUGUUGCCAGACAUGUCCGAGUACUCCAUCGACGCUACAGGCCUCACUUCCUGGGCUGGUGCUGGUGCUGUGGCCCUCAUGGCUCUGGGGGCCAUCCUUGCCGUGCCUGUGGCCCCCAUUAUUCUCAGACGGACGGGCACGAGCGGCUGGGGAGGAAUACCUAGUCUGAGUAACUUGCUUAGCUGGUGGAGCUCCCCGGACCCCGCCGCUGAGGCCUGGGCUGACAACUACUACCAGGGCUACGAGAACACCCAGGACUACCUCACAGGGGCCUACUCUAAUGAUGAGCAGCAAUACGACGCCAGCGUGAGUGGUAGCGACGCUGGUGGUUACUACGCCGACAAGGCUCCACCACCAGCCUACCACAACACCAUCCCUCCCAACUUUCACAACACCAACCCCCCUAACAACAAUUAUUACCCCGUACAACGACCACCAAGCCGCCGUCAGGGUUAUAACAACAGGAAGACGUCGGAUGGUUAUGAAUACGUCACCCUAGAGGAGAUCAACCGUAUCGGAGACGAGUCAGUACGGGUGCUGAGCGAACUGGUACAGGGUCACAGCAUCGACGAUAUCUACGCCUAUAGAGAUGGCAGCAACAAGCUCAAUCGUCGGCGCCUACCUGCUCAACAGCAGUACCAGUACCCCCAGCAGUACCAGCCAGAGCCAAGCUACCAACAGGCGAAGCAGCAUUUCGAGGAGAGUUAUGUAGAGGAGAACGCUCAACAACACUACGAGGACAAUAAUCCCGAAGGUCACCCAUACAGGCAAACAUUCAGCAUGGUGGAAGGGGAAGACCAAGCUGGUGAACAAAACGAUCCUCAUCCCUACAGACACAAGUACAGUUUCGCGACGUCUGCCAGCGCGCUCGGACAAAGCAAAGAUGAUCAACCUCGCACGAAUCAACAAUUGCAUAAAGUGACGGAAUUCCCUUAUGAGUUUCAUAAAGAGGAUUAGAUUCCUUUAAUAAGAGUGAUUGUAAGGGUUCCUGAAGCUUUAUAUUUCGAUUGAUUUCUUUAGUUUAGUGUGUGCGCCUAUAGAGUUCCAUAAAGACGAUUAGAUUCCUUUAAACGGGGAUCUGAAAUGUCCCUGGAGCUAUGGUUGUAAUUAUAGUUUAACAUUUAUUGUUUGUUUGUCGUAAUCAUAGAGAACUAAAUGCACAUUUUGGGAUCGUGAAAGCUUCUACGUCUCUAUAUCAGACUAGUUUAGAUUAGUUUUUGUUAAUCAUUUAUGGUUAUCAUUCAGUGCGCUGAAACUAACGCUUUUUAUCUUGUACUGCAACGUAAGUACCUACUAAAUGGAUUCAAAACCGAGUAAUUGGUUACAGUUAUAUUAUCGAAAGAAGGAAGAAGAAAUACUUUGGUGAAACUUUUGUCAUAAACUUGACUUUCCAGCCACUGUUCACAGAAGUAAAAAUUACACAAGUUUACCCUUAUUCACAUUCAUUUUCUCUUAACAUCCGUCUUCAACAAAACAUGUACUGUAGAUAUUCGUGUACGUACUUCUAUGUGUAUGUAAUCACCAUGUGCGUGUUUGUGUCAGUGUGCAUCCGCUCUACCACCCCUAAUAAAGUGGUAAUUAAGGUGUCAGGGAGGAGAUGUAGACGUGACGAUCAGCCUGGCGACUACCGCUAUUCCUCCCUCCCUCCCUCAUACUCCUUUCCUUCUUCCUGAUAGUCCUUCCUUCUUCCCCCUCUUACUCCUUACUUCAUUGUUAUUAGUUUUUGCUUCCAGCCCUUGUCAUUUAUUUAUUUUUUAUUCACAAGUUCAUUCAUUCUUGAUUAAUUGCUUAUCAUUCAUCAUGCUUUCUCUCCUUUGUUUUUUUUUCUGUACACUCUCUCGUGCAACAAUUAGAUCCGCAAGUCUGAUGAAUGUCUGAUGAGGAACCAUUAAUCAUAAACCGGGAAAUCAUAAAAAGUCUUAUUAUUAUUAGGAGUAGUAGUUGUUGUAGUAGUAUUGUAAUAUAUAAUUUUGCUUAUUUUCUUAGUGCUUCUCAACGUAGUAUUUAUUAAAUUAGGACUUCAUGACGUAGUAAUUUCUUAUAGUUUUUCUCUGUGCAGUAUUCUUAAAGGCAAGGCUUCUCGACACAAUAUUUCUUAAAGUAGUGCUUCUCGUCACAGUAUAUCCUGGUGUUUCUCAGAGCAGUACUGUACAGUAUUGUGAAAGUUUGUUUCUUCGUGCUGAUAAAGUAGUGUUCCCCAGUGCAGUAUUAUGUUAGUAGUGUUUCCCAGUGCACAUUGUGAUAAAGUAGCGUUAGUACAGUAUUAUGAUAAAAUAAUUCUUUUCAGCGCAGUGUGUGUUAACCCCAUGGAAUUUGCCUGUAUGAUAUUACUUUGAAUUUUAGUUAUGGGAUCUAAUAGUACUCCCUUAAUUGUUAAUUCUCUUAUUCGUUGAAUUUUAAUUUAUUCUGUUAUUUAAUUUAUCAAAUUAAUAUUUGUUAGUCUGCGUAUUUGUUAAUUUAUUUAUUAUCAAAAAAUUAUAUAAAAUCGAUCAUUAAUUUUACUAAUCUAUAUAAUUUUCUAGUUAAUGUAUUUAAUGUAUUGGACAAUUUAUUAAGUUGUUAAACUAUUCAUUUUGCUUAUCAAUUAUAUACACUCGAUUAUCAACACAUCCAUCCAUUCAUUCAUUCAUUCAUUUAAUGACAUUUUUGUUCGUGUUAUCAUUCAUCUUUAUCAUGAGUCAGUAGUCCUGUGGAGGUAUGAUAUAUUGGUUCACACUCAGGAUGGGAUGGAGAAAGGAAACUCACAAUGUGCUCACUGUAUACAUAUUGUAUUGGAU